AUGGACAUUCCAGAUCCUGUUCACGGUCCACAACCAACAAUUAAGGAAGAGCCUCGACAUCCAGACAUAAAACCAGACAAAACGAAGGCUUCAAAUGCCGGCCACAUCUCCCAGCCCAUAGCUCAGGAAGACUUCGAGCUUGGGCGCCUGAAUCCUGAAUCAUACAGUCUAGACCACAUCUCGAAAGCUCUAGUCGCCAACAUCGAGCGGGUUACCACCGUUCACGAGAGGUGCUAUUCAGCAAGACAAAAACGAGCUUUGCAGCAAUUCAGGAGUCAUGGGACCUGGAAUAUCGCCGAAGCUCAUAACAUCGAAGACAUCACUCGAUGGUUUGCGAUCUUCAACGAUGCAUUCUUCGGAGGCUUGCUCACGGGCGAUGCAAAUGCUUACUGCAGUAUGACGCGCUCGGGAUCUCGGCGCGACCCUCGUUAUCCGAUCUCCAAGCCAUAUUGCACCCUCACCUUCAGGAGAACCCGACAUUAUGUCGAUGACAACUACGCAGCUAUCAAGAGCUACCAAGAAUGUCUACUUCAUGAGAUGUCGCACGCUAUAUUCGACAUAUAUGAAUGUGGUUGUACCAAAUGUUACGCAUGUAUCGGCAACGAAGCUGCCUUUGGCCACGGAGCAUAUUGGCAAGCGGUGGCUCAAGCUCUUGAAGAAGCCUGCAGACACAGGUACUGGGAAGUCUUCGGCCUUUGCCUUACAUUGAAUCGCAGCAUGUGCCUUGUGGAUGACGUACAAAGUGGCUGUCCACUACCAAACGACAUAGUGCUUCGUUCUGUCGGUCUCGAUAUAGUCCAUCUCCUGGAGAAUAUCAAGUGCCUCCGAGGCAAUGCUCACUCCGCUUUCUUAGCUCGACACAGAAAAAAAAAGAGAAUUCCUUCAAAAUCAAGUGUAUGUCUACUACCUAAUUGGACAGUCGACUCUUGGGAGAGGAACUUUUCGUACAAUCCUGGCCGUUGGGAUUCUACUUGUCAUUCUGAUGAUCAAGCUGUGCUCGAUGAAUACGCUUUUGACAGUUGGAUGAGGAUCAACUCCAGACCUGCGCACAAAAAGCUCCUUAGUGAGCGCUAA